GUGAGCAUAUGCGAAAUUACAUAUAGCUUUUCCUUUUUCAACAUUUUGUAAGUUUUAGUUUAGGGUUUCAACGUUCAACUUUGGACUUUCUUCAUCAAGAAGAGCAUCUGUAACUUUCUUUCAAUCUCGGAGGUUCUACAGAUCUGGAUCCAAGGCAGUAGCAAAUAGUAAUAGCGCAGUGGUGGAGCAGGGAGAUUGGUGACGGUGACGAUGGCGGAAUCGCGGGAGAGCGUGGUAAGCUCUUCCGAUAGUGACGAUGAGGUUUCUGUUUCACUGGGAGACAAGGUGGUUGUUGAAGGAGCAGGUUGUAGUGAUAGUGAAUUGGAACGCAGGGAAGCCCAGGGGACGGGGGGUUCCAGUACUAAUAGAGUCGGCGACUCCUCAGGGACUGUUGAGAGGAGCUUGGCUAGAGCGAACACUUUGCCCGGGGAAACAUUUAAUGCUGACAAAUUAGAUAUAAUUCCAAGUCAUGUCAAGUUGGAACGAUCAAAAACUGAGAGGCGUAAAAAACCUAAUAUCCUUGGUGAAGAGGUGAAAAGAAUAUUUGAUGACAAAAUAUCAGCCGAGAAGAAGCGCAAGUUGUUGAACCGAGUAGCUACUGUGAACCAUGAUGGGACUGUAGAAUUUGAAGUUUCUGUGGAUGUAGAAACUCUGAAUGCUGAUGUACUUGAAAGUUUUCAUCACGAAGCUGUUGACGAAGAAUCUCUGGAUCCAACAGACCUUCAGUGUGUUCCACCACUUCAAAUAGUAAUGCUUAUUGUUGGCACGCGGGGUGACGUGCAGCCAUUUGUUGCCAUUGGUAAACACUUGCAGGCAGAAUUCAGGCCUCAAGAAUUCCAAAUGGUGCCAAGGAUCAUGAGGGAAGAGGGAGCAGGGGCAUCGAAGACUCAAGGAGUCGAGAAAGGACAGCGCGUGACCUUGUUUCACUGUGGUGACGAUGCCGAUAGGACCGGCCAAGAGGGGAAACUGAGGUGUAGGGGUGGUGCUGAAUUUUUUUUGGAUGCUGUGAAAGGCGAGGUGCAGGGGCAGUCGGGUAAAGGAGAAGAGGAAGCAUGCGGGUUUGGUGAAAUACCCGACCUUGACCCAACUAAGGAUGAGGGAGUGAAACGGGUGGAGUUUAGAGUACCCGUCAAAAAGGGAGAGGGGCCCACAGGCAGGUUGGUAGAACUGAGAGGGGGGACAGCUUGA